AUGGCGCAAUCUACUGGAGUCGGGUCACAGGACCUCGACCGAGCAAUUCUUCUCUGGACCAAGCUUCAAGUUCCCAAAGGCCUUGAGCUGAAUACCGAAUGGGAUGGGUUGUUUCUGCCACUGAUUGAGGCCCCGGGACAAGUGGGAUCUGGAUGGGCAAGACUUCAGGACUCGGAGACAAUUCUUCUGGUGACAGAAUGGAAACGAAUCUUGGACCAGAGAGAGUUCAUAGCCUCGCCGUCCGCUCAGGUCUAUCAUGAGAAUUUCAGGAGUCGAGGAAUAGUGCACGUGUCCUCUCAUGAGACACCCUCUCGCAGAUUCAAGUACCUCAAACCUCUACUGGAAUCAUACGUCCAACUGUUCUGGAUCUACUUUCCGGUACCUGUGACUGAAACGCAAAUGGCCCAACUUUCGAAGAUCAAAUCCAUUCGUGGACCGGCUUUAUUGAAAAACUUUACGAAUGAUGUUGAGGCUAGUUAUCAAAAUCUUUAUCCUGUCAAGAUGUGGGCCACCCACACAGAAUCGGUGGAUGGCCAGGAAGCUCAGUUGCUUCUGUGGCCGCAUUUUUGGAAAAGUACUGAGCGUGCCGAGCAUCGGCAUAAGGGGAAGCAGGAGAGGUUCUGUGCCAAUCUGGAAAAAGUAGGACCUAUGGGCUGGACGGAAGAAUUUCUAUCUUUUAAGACUAUCCCUGAGGGGUUGGAUACCCGGGUCAUUUAG